GAGGAGUUGAGGUCCGCUGACAGACGGAGAGCCGGGUCCAGACUCCACAGCACCAAAAUGAGCCUCUUUAAAACCAUAUUAAACUAUGCGGAUGAUUUUAAGUGUUUCACUUCCGGUCAGUGAUCUGUGUCUGUCGCGCGGAUGUUUGUUUGAAGUUGCGGCUCAGCUGCGGUGUUUGAUAUCAGUGUGUUUCAGUGUGUGACACUUCUCCGGACGUUCGGUCACUAACAGCUCCGUUAAAAAGCGACGUCAUGAUACCUGAAUGUCCUCGCGCCGGGACCUCGAGGAGCCGGACCCGCUUCCAGCACAGCCCGGCGGCAGAACCGAGCCAGGCGCGCGGCGGCAGCGGCUUGUUGUCCGACAUCAAAACCACCAUCAGCACCGAGCCGUUCACCGACCACUACACCAUCAUCCCCGGGAAGGAGCUGGGAAGGGGCAAGUUCGCUGUGGUCAGAAAGUGUGUGGAGAAACGCACAGGCAACGAGUACGCUGCAAAGUUCAUGAGGAAGAGACGGAAAGGCCAAGACUGCCGGAUGGAGAUCAUCCAUGAGAUCGCAGUGCUGGAGCUCGCCACAUCCAGCCCCCGCGUCAUCAACCUCCACCAGGUGUACGAGAUGGCUUCUGAGAUGGUGCUGGUCCUGGAGUUCGCGGCUGGAGGUGAGAUCUUCAACCAGUGUGUGUCGGAUCAGGAAGAUGAGGCCUUCAGUGAGGAGGAUGUGAAGAGGCUCAUGAGGCAGAUCCUGGAGGGAGUCUCCUUCCUCCACCAGAACAAUGUAGUCCACCUCGACCUGAAGCCUCAGAACAUCCUGCUGACCAGCAGCUCUCCUCUGGGUGACAUCAAGAUCGUGGACUUCGGUCUGUCCAGGAUGGUCAACAGCCACCAGGAGCUCAGGGAGAUCAUGGGAACUCCGGAGUACGUCGCUCCCGAGAUUCUAAACUAUGAGCCCAUCAGCACAGCAACAGAUAUGUGGAGCACUGGUGUGUUGGCCUACAUGAUGCUGACAGGGAUCUCUCCGUUCCUGGGCGAGAACAAGCAGGAAACAUUUCUCAACAUCUCCCAGCUCAACGUGAGCUACACUGAGGAGGAGCUGCAGCAGCUGGACCAGGCCGCCCUGUCCUUCAUCCAGACGCUGCUCUGCAAACAGCCACAGGAUCGGGCCACAGCCGAGCAGUGUCUCAAACACCCCUGGCUUCAGUCCCCAGAGCCACAAAUCCCUCCAACGGUGGAGGAGAUCCUCCCAGCGGAGGACCAGGAGGUGUCAUCCAGCUCCACCAGCAGCUCCACCAGUAGUCCCGAACCUCCCAGCAGCACCACCACAGCCGAGGAGGAGGAAGAGGACGAGGAGGGUGAAGGCCCGGUGACGGAGGAGCUGAUAGUCAUGGCUGCCUACACCCUGGGUCAGUGCCGCCAGUCCUCCACCUCCACCUCAGAGAAGGAGGCCCUGGCUGCCGAGCAGAAGGCCAUCUCCAAACGCUUCAAGUUUGAGGAGCCUUUCAGCGCCCUGCAGGAGGUGCCCGGAGAGUUCAUCUACUGACCCCACCCACCACAUGACAGUACUGUCUGAGGAAACGUUAGUGUUGUCACGGUAACAAAGAUAAGCCUUGUGAUUCUACGAAUUCCCCUCCAUAUAUACUGUAUGUGUACGAUCAGAUGCUGUUGCACAGUCACUCUGAUUUUAUUUAAGCAGUUGGAUUUAAGUGCAUUUUUUUAAGUACCUGCUCAUGUGUUUCUCCCAUAAUGCUUCACCCCGCUUGACACCCACCCACUCCACCUUCUCAAACAGCCACAGUAGGGUCAUGUCUCUUGAUUUGGUUUGCUGUUGUAUUUUUCUGACCAAAUGAAGACACUGAGAUAUUUCCACACGUUGCUGUAGAGUUUGUAAACUUCAACUUUUGAGGUCUUCUUUCCAGAGCUGUCAUCUUAGUCUGACUCUCAGCUAUCAGUCGCACAGGGAGACAUCGCCAAGAGACAGAGAGACAGAGGCUGAAUCCAGAUAUCCACCUCCUAGACGGGGCCUUUACAUCUGCAGGGCUGCACGCUAAAUGCACACGUGACCUCUCACAGUGUUUCUCUGAGCAGAAAUCACGGUCUGGAGCUUCUGAUCGUGUCACUCAAGCUUCCUCAGGAGUUUGACCAGUUUCCAUGGACAGAUCAGGGAGUGUGAGAAAACAGUACUUUGAAAGUUUAAACUACAGCAUGACAACAUGUCAAACGAUAUCUGCUGAGGGAGAUUGUUGACUACGACUGAAAGCUUUGGACUAGCUACUAAAUGGACCUUGUGGUAAAUUUGUCAGAUAGCAAUGGAUAUUUUCGCUUUUAUCUAAAUUGCGUCUAACUUUUUUGACACAUUGAUAUUAUUUAGUAUUAUUACAAGUCUCAGGACUUAUCGUUACUCGGAGGUGAAGAGUCUGCACAUGCAGGAAAGUGUGGACAUUUAGAUUCAACAAGAGAAAAACCCAGAGGGACAGGACAAAGUCCAGAGCACAAGACAGACUGAUCAGUGCUAAUUUCAUUGACGAAAACUAUGACGACCUUUUUUCUAUGAUGAAAACGAGACAAUGACGAGCUAAAAAUAGAUCUUGAUAAUAAAAACUAAGAUGAAAUUUGUGUUUAAGUGCUGGACUGUGCUUGCAAUUAUCUUCAGAUGGUAAACUCCAGUAAAUAGUCUGCACCAGGAUGUUUGGGUUGGUGCGAGUUGUGAGCUGUAACUCAGCAGUAAAUAAUCAGCCGUGUGUGUCUGACUGUGGAUGGUGGAGCUGCUGAAUGGAUUUGUGGAGUUUGUUAGUUGCAGCGGUGGCUGUUAGCAGCUAGCUCCGCUCGCAGACUUCACAGCUUCACCCCGCAGGACUCCACUCAGUCCAGACUGGAGAAGGUUUGUGGGUUGAUGGUGUUUGACAGGCAGGUAGGAGGCUCAGUUAUCUGUGAGUGUAGCUGUGCUGUAAGUAAACAGUCUGAACUCAGAUCAGUUUUCUCUGACAGAGAUGAAAGUUUAGUUUGAAUCACCAACUCUGUGAGAGGACACCAGUUUAAACCUCCAGACUAACAUGUUGCACAUGAAGAAACAAGUUAUGUUUCUGCUUCUUAACAGUCACAUGGAUAAGUCAGAGUUUACAAUGAACCUGGGGACAAAUCCUAGUUGGCUCACAUUAGUUAUUUGUUGAGAGCAUAAAUAGAGAGAUGUUGAGCUUUUCAGAUGAUGAUCAGUAAGUGUGUGCUCGUAAAUCAGCCCUUAAACCUGUCACACACUGCUGGAGACUAUGACUGGUGACUAAAACUAAUUUUUGUUUUGAUGACUGAGACUAAAUCUAAAAUGAAAAUUAACACUGAGACUGAUCAACGUAUUGGUCCACUUUCAGUGUUUCAUCCUGAGAAACUCAAACACAGCGAGUGCUUGAGGGUAUUUAUUUGAGGGUCCUCACACACUCUGUCUAUGAGAGGGAUGCUCUGUCCUAUUAAGAGCCUGACUGAUACUGGAUCUCUUCGGCCAAUACUGAACUAGAUUUUGUAAAGUUUAAUGAAAUUAUACAGAGUAAAAAUUGAUCUUUCAGGGUGGGCUCCUCCAUGUAGAAAGGCAGCGUCGGCCGUGGGCUCAAUUCCAGCCUGCGUCUAAUCUGCAUCAAACUGUCCUAUCAGUAAAGGCACAACAGCUCUGAGAAAUAAUCAUUAAAAAAAUAACCUCUCAGUGCUCUGUUGGACAUAUGAUGUCAUGGAGACACGAAAUGACUUGAACAUUUUUGUACAGUCUGUCUUGUCACUUAUUGAACAACAUACAGCACAUAAGGGAUCAUUUCCAACAGUAGCUGCCGUGUGCAUGUGUGUUGCUCUUAGUGAUGGCCAAAUGAAGCCUCAUGAAGCAUUUUCUUUAUUUUCUGAGCCCACUAGAUGGCGGUCCUUUUUUAAAGAGAGAGGCUCAAAGAAUGGCAAUUCAGUGUGCUUUCAACCUUUUGUUCAACAAAAAGCGCCAUCUAGUGGGCUCAGAAAAUAAAGAAAAUGCUUCAUGAGGCUUCAUUUGGCCAUCACUAGUUGCUCUGUGCAUUGGGAUUCUUAGCCUCUGUGGCAGCCAUUACAUUUGUGAAAUGUACAACUUGUAGUGAUCAUAUCAUGGUCACAUAGCAACAAAAUGAAUCCAGUUUAAAUAUAGAUUCCUCAUAUACUUGUAUAACUACUAUAACGUCAACUUUUGAUCUUGCUCUUCUGUUUUAAGUUAAAAAAAGUUUUGUCAUUCCUGUAUUUGUAUUGCUAGGCAACAUCUAUCUGAACAGAUAGGAGUACAUUUCACAAUGCUGGGCUCAAAAUGUUGUUAAAUACAAAGUACUAAUAUAUUGAUUAUGCAAACUAUCGUAGCCCCCAGCUCUAUAGCUACCUUCACUGUAUGUGGAGUUUAAAACUCCUGAAAACUUGGUUCCAGGUCUUGUUUAUCUUCCCACAACAUUCAUGACUAAAUAAGCAACAAAGUAAAAGUUCAGAAAUAAGCUGUAGUAGUUAUUAUUUAUUACCAGUGUGAAAAUGUGGUGAGCUGAGCUACCGGUUAUUCUACAUCAAAAUGUUUCACCACAUUGAGGCUAUCCCCAGAGAAAUGUAGCGCACUAAGCUACUAGAAAAUGGCUAAAGUAGUCUGUGAGUUUCAAAGCUACUUUUAUUUUUUUGACUUUAUGUCAAAUCAGCGUUUUCUCAGUGAUCAGAAAAACUGUCAGCCAAACAGAUACAGGCAAAAAAUGUUCAGUUGAACUGUUUAUCAUCAAGUAACAGACUUAAAUUAAAACUUUCUUAACAAACUCAGACAGAAAACAUCUUCAUGUAAGACGCCAUCAGUCCUAAUAAAUUGUUUUCAGGACCUUAAACACUGGCGUCAUAAGCGUCUGGUUGUACUGUCCGGUUGAAUGAAGGAUUCUUAGUGGUCAUGGUAUAAGAUACUGGAAACUAGUGAUGGCCAAAUGAAGCCUCAUGAAGCAUUUGCUUUAAAUGGUUCUCAUGGUUUAAAGAGAGAGGCUCAAAGAUUGGCAAUUCAGUGUGCUUUCAACCUUUUGUUCAACAAAAAGCGCCAUCUAGUGGGCUCAGAAAAUAAAGAAAAUGCUUCAUGAGGCUUCAUUUGGCCAUCACUACCUAAAAGAUUGCUAAACUCUCACAGUCUGUAGGAGGCUUAAUACAGCAUGUUGAGCUCUGUUACAUAGGUGAUUCUGUGAGGUUUCAGUACGUAGGAUGACCAAACCAUCAUGUUUUGAUCAAGGGCCAAAAGGCAUUCUGGGAAACACUAUGUCACUGACUAAUGUAGAAACAGACAAGUUUGGUUGAGGUAAACUAACUCCUGCCACAGACACCAGAUGAUAUGAGCUGACACUGAGACUCUCUCACAGUAUGUAAAGAUGGUGUAAAUAGCACACACACAGUUCCAGGUAUCAUAUUUGUGUACUGACGAGUGACGGAGUUGAUUUGCAGUUGGGACUGUUGAUCGCACUUAUUACAAAACAACAGGAAGUGACUCACGUUUCUUUCUUUUCAUGAUGUUUGAAUUCAGAAGCCAAAUGUUUGGUGACACCUGCCCGUUGUUUCCUCGUCCGUGCUGCUUUACGAACACGACCAGCUCCUCCUGAUUUGUUUGUACUUUGUCUCAUUUUGUAUUUGGUGCCAUGCUUGGAAAAAAUAUUUGAUGAUUUUUAGCUUUUAUUUUAUUUUUCAUUGCAGGUGUUUCUGUGUACUAUUGCAGAUAUUACUGAGACAGAAUCUUUGAGUUUUCUAAUCCUGUGUACAUGAUGCAAAUUAUUUUUGGUUUUUAUGAGGUACAUAUAUUCGACAGUACUGUUCAAAGAGCCAUUUCACAUAUUCCUCUGACACGAUGGCCUUCCCAUGGUUCAGCUCUCUCUGAAGCAAUAAAGACGGAUCAUUGUAAACUGUACAUGUAGACGUGGAGCUAUGUAGACUUCCAGAGGGUCUGUACUGUAAAUGUUUGUAGUGUAUGUAGUUAUAAGCUCCGAUACUGUGGGAACCGAUUUGUACAUGAAUGUCCCGUACUGUAAAUAAACAUUU